AUGGUUGUUGAACCAAAUUUAUUAACUGCUAUCAUUGCUGGUACUGCUGCUUCCGUGGCUCAAACUACGGCUACUUAUCCUUUUGAAUAUUUGAAAGUUGUUACACAAUUACAUAGAAAUUUACCAGGUGCUAAACAAGCUGAAUUGUUUCAUCAAUUUAAAUUUUAUUUUAGUGGAUGUGGUGCUUUAAAUAUUGGUAAUGCUUUAAAAUCAGGUUCAAGAUUUAUGAUUUUCAAUAGUGCUUCAAAAUUUAUGAGUACAGAAAAUGGUAAAACUUCUGCUCCAAGAUUAGUUGUUGCUGGUGCAAUGACUGGUUUUAUUGAAUCUUUAUGGAUUAUCCCAUUUGAAAAUUUAAAAACUACAAUGAUUGAAAAUUCUUUACAUUAUUCCAAAAUUCAAGUUAAAGAAUAUGAAGCAAAUGAAAAAUUGAAAAAAAAUGGGAAAGUUAAUAAUAAUAAUGAAAAACAAAAUUCAAAAUCUAUUAAAUCAGAUUCAAAACCUUCACAACAACAAAAACCUACUAUAAAAUCACCAAUAAAACAAACAAGUAUACCCAAAAAGACAUUCCAUAACCCUGCCACAACUGCAUCGGCAACACUACAUCCAUAUAUCUUAGCUAAACAAAAAUGGGAUAAAUUACCAUCAUCAAAUAUCUUAUCAGCAAUGUCUGAAAUUUAUCAAACAAGAGGGAUUAGAGGGUUUUUACAAGGUUCAAUUCCAACAUUAAUUAGACAAUGUACAAAUAGUGGUGUACGAUUCGGUACUUAUACUUCAUUACGUCAAAUAUUCCAACCUCAUGGUGGAGAAUUGAAUAGUUAUUUAGCAUUUUCAAUUGGUGUUGUAAGUUCAGUUGCAGUUGUUGCAGUGACUCAACCAAUUGAUGUUAUAAAGACUCGUAUGCAAAGUCGUGAAACUUAUUAUACUUAUACAAAUGCUUUAAAUUGUGCUUAUAGAAUCUUUGUUGAAGAAGGUGUUAAAACUUUUUGGUCUGGUUGGACUUUUAGAUUAUUAAAAGUUGGUACAAGUGGUGGUGUUUCAUUUACUGUUUAUCAAUAUGUUGAAAAUGUUAUAACUCGUGCUUUGAAAGAACAACCAUUUCAACCAGAAUAG